UUUAGUUACCAAAGUGACCGCCAGGUUUCUUUUUGUAGUUUCUUCUUAUUAAACGUGUAUUUCUAAAUAAACUCGCUAAAAAUAAUAAAAUACCAUGGCGGAAGCGAUGAAACAAACAGUGGCGGAAAUGCUGAAAGGCAUCGAAAGGUACAAUCCGGACAACCUUCCAACAUUGGAACGCUACGUUGAAAUACAAUCGAGAGAAAAUGCGUACGAUUUGGAAGCAAACUUGGCAGUAUUAAAAUUGUACCAGUUCAACUCUCACAGUUAUAAUGUUGAAAUAACUGGACAAAUUUUACUGAAGGCGCUCACCAAUUUGCCUCACACUGAUUUUAUCCUUUGCAAAUGUUUAUUGAAUGAAAGACAGUUGCAAGAGGAACCAAUUAAUCAUAUUAUUUAUCUUGCUGAUAUACUCGAACAAUGUGAUUUCUUAUUGUUCUGGACUAGAAUUCACGCACUUCCCGAGCUCACGCAACGCAUAAGUGGGUUCCUGGACUCCAUUAGAAAGUUUGUUUGUCAUGUUGUUGGCAUCACAUACCAAAGUAUCGCAAGGGGAAGACUUGCAGAGCUUCUUGGAGAUGUUGAUGACAGCACCUUGAAACACUGGAUCAAGAAAUAUGGAUGGAAGGAAGAUGGCAAUCUGGUUUUCAUUGCAAACCAAGAUGAAAACAUCAAAACUAAGAAUAUUAAUGAGAAAAUUGAUUUUGAUAGUGUUGGUGCUAUCAUGGCCUCAUGUAGAUAAAUCUUUUUUAAUACACAAUUUUCUCUAUA